UAAGUGUCAUACCAAUGAGGAGAUCUCUAGAUCUGUGAAUGUGUGGAUACGAAAGCCGCUGUGUGGAUGUGAAAACCGCUGUGUGAAUGUAAACUCGAGGUUCCCUUUAUACUUGAAAGCAUGGAGAUGGUCCAGUGCUCGGAAGAUAUCGCCUUUUUGUGCCGUUUGAUGCAAUUGCUUCAUCAGUUUGGGACACUUGCUCUGCGAUCUCGGCUUGUUCAUAGGUUAUUUGAGACGUAUAUAAAGUUAAAUCGAGCUACAUUUACUUAUUUCGCCGAUGAAAGUAUUGUUGUCAGUGAACACUGCUCAAGAAGACGAACUGGACACUCGACACAUUUCCGUGUGCCUAAGCCUCUACCAGACGUCGACAAAUGCGUCCAAAAUUCAAAAGAUGGUGAAUCAUUGCGAAGCUUUCUUGAAGAAUCUUUUCUUACGGAAACGAUCAAUAACAACAUGACAAAACUAUUGGUUCUAAAGAAGAAGAAAACUAUUAAUCAGACACAAUGGGAAGUUCUGUUCGCAAACAGUAGUGUGAAUAUUCACGACUUAGAUAUAUCUCUUCUAAGUUUAUUGAUCUUUAAUAUGUUUGACUGUAAACCAACUCUUGAUAUGAUAUCAAUGCCGCUGAAUACCAACAUUACUGAGGCUGAUGAUGUGUUGCGUAUUAGGAUGUACAGGAACAAGAUAGCACAUCUAACGUCUUUGGUGAUUACGUCUGUAGAAUUUAACAGUAUGUGGAAUAAUAUCAGCCACGCCAUCACACGCUUGAUUGGGUCAGCAUAUCAAAAUGACAUCGACCGUCUAAAAGAAAUGAGCUUCGACCAGCCUGCCGUCACUCGGUAUAAAGAGCUACGCAAGGAAUGGUCCGAGACUGUAACCGAUAUAUAUCAAUCACUUAGUGACAUCAAGGAGGAUUUAAGAUCGAUCAAGAAGAAACGGAGGCAUCGGAAGGGUGUAGCUAUUCAGCUUGUUCACAGUGACGACCUACAGAAGGCGCUAACAGUUCUAAAGAAGAAGGGGAUAACUGCUAAAGUGAUCUCCCUUGAUGAGAGUGACAGCGACUCAUUAGAAUCAAUAGUGAAUUACUCGUCUUUGAGUAAAAGUACUGGAUGUUUGAGAUGGUCAGAAGACUUAGAUUAUGAAAAUACUAUUCGACCUUCUCGCAGCAGUGGUUAUUUGGGACCUGGAACACUUAGAUCAAAAGAAGAGGCGAAACCUUUCUAUGAAAUGUUUUCCGGUGAUAAAGCAGCCAAAGACAACACAUCAAAUGUUGCUCGGCGAUGGACCAUGUCGGACACAGGAUGUGGUUUUACAGGACAAUCUCCAACGUGUGAUGAUUCCAUGGGAUACACGUCCUCGUUGGAUUCAGUAUUUGGUAACAAGGAUAAAAUGGAACCUUUAGAGGCAAUGACAAGCCCGGCGAAGACUAUGCAUCUCCCUAGUGUUGAAACACAGGAAAUUGACCACGCAUCGUCCGCAGAACCCAAAAAGAAAUCACUCUGGCGCUCAUUCAAGAAUUUAUUUUGAAAUGAAGAACAAUUUCUUCAGCUUUGAAACGUAAAGUACAUUCUUUCGACUAGCGGAUAUCUAGAUCACCUUGAUAAAUCUAAAUAUAGCUUUUUGGAGCUUUAGCAGAUGUCAUCAAAAGGAAUUGACUGAUAUUUCGACUGCAUUUUAUUUCUAGUUCAGAACAGGCUUGAAAAUCAUUGUUCUUCAUAAAUGGAACGGCCUUAACGUGCUUUAUAAAAACAAAGUCGCAUUCAAAAUGGUUCAAUUGGCUAGCAUGUCAAAGAUAUUAUCAUUCAGAUCAAGACAGGCAUGAAUCAAAUGAGCUUUAUAAAUGAAGAGUCUUAAGGUACUUUCUCAAUAUUGUUUAUCAUGUUGUGAAUGCUAUACCCCUAGACUGUACUCCCUGUGUAUCAGGCAUAAUGUGACCAUUUUUUGGAAAAUGGUAUGGUUAGAGGUAAAUUGUAUACAUGUACAUUAUCAUAAGGCAAUUUUUUUAUCAAUGUUUACCCUUAUAUUAUACUUAUCAAAUUUGUUCAGAAAUCAGACAUGACAUAUGUACAAUGCAAUAUUAAACCUGGAGAACAACCCCUUUAUAACGAAAGCAUUGUGAACGCAGUUUUAUAUCAAUUUUUGUGUUGCAUAUUUACCUCAUUGUUUAGUUGCAGCAUUGCUAGUACAUUUUCAUAUCUAUUAAUUUUUACAUAAUGCAAUACAAUUUAUCUUACAAUACAUGUUUCUUAAGCGCAUGACACGGUUUGGUACUGAGCAUAAACCUAUCUUCGUAUUAGUAUAUGACUCACAGGAAGAUGUAUGAAUUUAUUCUUUGAUGUCAUUAUCAUACUUAAAAGCUAAUGUAUUCAAUGACAUCAGAGGUGUUGUUAUCGUCAUCUCCGAUACUUAUGGAUUAUGUUCUCUUCUUCUUUACACCCCUGGAAUGUGUCAUGGUAAUAUUGGAGGCUCAGUCGCCACCCUCUUUUGUAUAAAAUAAAAAGGGUACUUCAAUGUACAUCAAACAAAUCUCGAGGUCGGCAGAUUGUCUGGCAACGAACGUCUGGUGUCGCCUUUUUGUGAUCUUCAAAUUAAAUGCAACAGCUAAGCGGUUGGUAAGGUUUUUCCUGAUGCCAAUCAAAAAGUGUAACAAGUUGUUUGUUUUCGGUUUUUGCAUGACAUAAUCUGGCGAUGCAGUGAUCGAAAGUGAACAUAACUCCUGGAGGAAUGAAGAUGUAUUAAUGCGGCAUAAGAUCUAGACAUACGAGUUUGUUUACAGUUUAUCUAUGGAUGUACACAGAGUUGGUUUAUUUACUCUCAAUGUCCGUUGCUUUUGGUAAGGUCAGUUUGACUGUAGGUGACUACUGUCCAUAUUAUCAUAUUGUACUAAACACGUCGAUAUCAUUUCACGAUCGGACAGCAUUAUAUCAUUCGCAACCAUCAAAACAUCAUUAACUUCUUAAUUUAAUCACAUGACAGUAUAUGACUGAGUUCUUUAAAAGCGACCAUACCGUUAAUCUUUGUAGUCUCCCUUUGAAUACAUUAUAUUUUGUUUUAGUAUUAGUUAAAUGUGAUAUAUUAAAGAAAUAUUUUAUACAUAUUUUUUUUUACCAGAUUGAUAGUUUGUCAUAUAUAUAUAUAUAUUUACCGCAAUUCUUUGACAAUUGAUAAGGAAAUACUGUAUUACGUUUAAAUCACUUUGCUUUAAUCAUUUAGUACAUUAUGUAGGAUGGGACUACUUUUCUGACCACGUGGAAAUUAACUCGGUAUUCCUGUUUCCUUUCACACUCUGCACGAUUCCAUCCGAGAAUGAUUGGUUAUUAAAAGUUAUUAUUGUCGGUUUCAAAAUUACUUAUGAAUAAAAUCUAUUUAUAUACAUUC